AUGUUUGUAUUUACAGGACUAACUGACAAUGGUAAACUUGCCCCAUUCCUCUUCAUACUCUUCUUACACAUUUAUACGGGGACCAUACUUGCCAACAUUGGCAUGAUGGCAAUUAUCUAUAGCAGCACAACCCUCCAUACUCCGAUGUACUUCUUCCUGAGCUACCUCUCUCUGAUAGACAUAUUCUACUCCUCAGUUGUAACUCCUAAGAUGAUGCAUGACCUCAUUUCUGCAAGUAAGACCAUCUCAUUGACUGGCUGUGCCCUACAGUUUUACUUCUUUGCUGCCCUAGGUUGUAUUGAGGGUCUUCUACUUGUCAUCAUGGCGUAUGACCGAUAUGCCGCUAUCUGCCACCCGCUCCACUAUGUGUCAAUAAUGACCAAAAAUAAAUGUCUGUCUCUUGUUUCCCUGGUAACCUCCAUGGGCUUCCUGCAGUCAGUAGUGCAUACCAGUUGUGUGUUCAGUCUUAAGUUCUGCAGGUCAAACCUUAUAGACCAUAUCUAUUGUCACUCGCCUUCAUUGAUCAGACUGUCCUGCUCUGACACGUACUACUGUGACAUGAUGACUGUUUUCAUUGUAGGUUCUUCUGUCAUAUGUUGUUUGAUAAUUAUCCUGGUCUCAUACAUUCUCAUUAUUCAUUCAAUUUUACAAAUUAAAUCUGCUGAAGGCCAGAGGAAAGCAUUCAGCACCUGCUCCUCACAUCUCACGUGCAUAUGCCUCUUCUUUGGUGCCAUUUUGUCCACUUAUCUGCGCUCUUCUUCCAGUACCUUUGAGAAACUAGACAAGGUGGCCUCUGUCCUUUAUUCCAUGGUGACCCCAAUGAUGAACCCACUGAUAUACAGCCUGAGGAACCAAGUGGUGAUACGGAUCAUUAUGCGAGCAGUGCACAAUCUUUCUCAGAAAUCAGCUAAUGUAUGCUAG